AUGAUGCAUGUGGGAGGAGGAGGGGGAGGAGGCUCCUUCACUCCAUCACAAUGGAUGGAGCUUGAACACCAGGCGUUGAUCUACAAAUACCUCACUUCCAAUGUCCCUGUCCCUCACAGUCUUCUCAUCCCCAUCAGAAAAGCUCUUCAAUCUGCUGCCUUCUCUUCGUUUGUUUCACCUGGCUUCCUUAGACCCAAUACCUUUGGAUGGGGUCCAUUCCAUCCCGGAUUCUCGAGCAGCGGCGAUCCAGAGCCUGGACGCUGCCGGAGGACGGAUGGGAAGAAAUGGCGGUGCUCGAGAGAUGCUGUGCCCGAUCAGAAGUAUUGCGAACGACAUAUCAACAGAGGCCGCCAUCGUUCAAGAAAGCCUGUGGAAGUCCGUUCUGGCCAUUCAGUUGCCACCACUAACAAUGCUGUUGCUGCUGCUGCAGCCAAAGCCAUUCCUGCUGCUAACACCACCACCAUUGCUUCUACUGCAGCUUCUUCGGUGGCAGCUACCUCCCGCAGCUAUGGUGGUUCUUUUUCAAACACAGUACUCCCUCAUCACAAUAAUGAUCUUCUGGCUUCUACUCCCCUCGGCAGGAUGUUUGUAAACAAAUCAAAUGCUGACCUGAAAUCAAACGAGAACAGCUCGUUCAUGAUCUCAAAGCAACGACACGAUCCAUAUGCAGAAUCUUCCUCGCAAACAGAGUUUGGAUUGGUUAGCUCCGAAUCUCUACUCAACCCAUCACAGAAGUCACCUUCCUCCUUAAUCAGCUGUAGGAGCUUUGGUUCUUCUGAGGACCAGCAGCAGCACUCUCUCCAUCAGUUCAUGGACAACUGGCCGAAAGCCCAUCAUCCCGACGGAUCUCAGCUGUCGAUAUCCAUCCCUGCCUCCCAUGCUACUGACUUCAUGUCCUCCACUUCCUCCCCAAACAACGAGAAGGAACCAGUCCAGAUGGGACUUGGAGUAGCAAAUGGGGAGAGCCAAAGGCAGGCGGCGAAUUGGAUCCCCAUCUCCUGGGAGGCCUCAAUGGGAGGUCCGCUGGGCGAGGUUCUGCAGCACAAUACCAAUAACAAGGGCAACAACGGAGGGGGAGGAGGAGGGGAUCAAUGCAGCAACAAUAGUUCCCUGUCACCAACGUUGAACUUGAUGACCGAAGGAUGGGACAACAGCCUUGCUUCAUCCCCUACCGGAGUUCUGCAGAGGACUACGUUUGUCUCGCGUUCGAACAGCAGCAUGGGAAGCAGCCCGGCGGCAGAGAAGAGCAACUACAACAAGACUAGUGAAGCGGUCAGCUGGAACAGCCUCCACUGCAGCAACAGCUUGCUCUGA